CGUCAAGCGAGUCAUACGGGAGGAGCAGUGCAAGCCACACAACGUCGACGAAGAAAUUCGUCUGCUCGCGAGGCUCGAUCAUCCCGGUGUAAGUCUUUGGUCCACCCCGCCUCGCAUCCUUCCUCCAGCUCGUUUUGCUCACCUCACCCGCGCCUUCGACGCGACUUGCGAUCUUGUAGAUCGUGAAACUGCUAGGUGCCUUCGAGGACAACCGGUGCCCCUUCUCGAGUAUCGUCAAUCUUUUGUUGGACCGUGGAGACUGUACGUUGUUGGACCUGUACACCAACAUCGCGUUUCAACCUCUUGGCCCAGAGACGGAGCAGGAUACGGCACCGGCGAUAGCCAACAGAUCCGAGAGCCUCUGUCAGCGGCUCUUCAGAGAAGCCACAGGUCCAAGGGCAGGCCAAUGGCUCGAGUGCCUCAUGGCGAUUGCAAGGGACACCCUCGAGGCGAUGAGAUAUUUGCACGAUGUGGCCAGGGUGGCCCAUCGAGACGUCAAACCGUCCAACAUCGUCCUCUUUACACAGAAAGGCUCGCCCUUUCCCAGGCCCGUCUUGAUUGAUUUCGGUACCGCGCAGAGCGACGUCUCGGUCCGAGGCCCCGGGGGCAAUGGCCAGGAGAAGCAAGAAAGCUGCGUGGGGACAGGCGCGUACCGAGCGCCUGAGACCUUGUUUGCGCCGAGCGAGGGCUACGACGCGGUCAAGGUUGACAUGUGGGAGUGGGCCACAACAGUCAUAGAGGGCUUCUUGCAGCUGGAAGUCAUCAUAGAGGACGAAGAUGAAGAGGACGGUCUUGGCUACGAGGAUGAAUUUGGAGUGAGCCCUGACCGAGGCAAUGCGCUCAAAGAUCUCGAACAAGCGCUCUGGGCAGACGAUGAUGGUCAAUCGUGGUCCGAUGCGCGUGUGCCCAAACGGAGAAAGUCAUCGCUUGCGUGGGAGUACAAUAGAGGCCCCGCAGACGCGAGCAAACCCCCGAAGGUGAUCAAGACAUACAGAAGAAAGACACUCUUUGAAGGCAAUCGAGGCGAUCUCGGCCUUGCGGGUAGCAUCUUUGCAUUACGAGAGCUUCCGUCUGCUACAAAGGAGGGCGAAGAACUUUGGCCGGAGUCGGUGAACUUCCAGCCUCCGCUCAGCAAGAUGCCAUUUAUUCGUCGUCCACCCGACCCUGGAGGGUUGCGUGGUCAUCUCGAGCCAAUCUUCUCGCAACUGAUGCAGAGUGACGAACUCACUUCAAGCCUGAAGCAGACCCUCGAUAGAAAAUUCAUCAACUUGCUUGACAGCUGCCUCCAGCUCUCGGCUUCAAGACGCCCUUCAGCAUCUCAAGCUCUUUACGCAAUCUCAAACACGUCACAAUAGAAACAUUCGCUGUAUCUUACUCAACACAAGCUCCAGUUUCAUCAAGACAUUUCAUUUAGACGGGUA